AAAAGGAAAAAAGCCCGCUCUUUUUUUUUUUUUUCCCUUUCCUCGAGUCGCGUUUACAACGUUCACUUAACACAAUGGCAGAACAUAUGCAAGCUGUAAAGGUUACGCUCAUUCUCUGUUCGUGCUUCUUUGCCUAUGGAUCAUACUGGUCAGACUGGGCUUUCGAUUACUACUUGUUAUGGGCGAACCCCGCAGAGCAUCCCAAUGCUGUCUCCAGAGCCACUCUUUACUAUGCGACUCAGUCGGAGGUGCCCAAUAUUUUAAAGUAUAUCCCGUUCGCCAACUUGAUGAUUGCAGCUAUUGGUUUCUCGGCGGGUUUGGCUAAUAUGACCGAUUCAAACAUUCUCUUUGAUGGAGCAUCGCUGGUUUUGAUGCUCUUUGGCUUGUCCACCUAUGCUACAUCAGUGAAACCUGCUCUUGCCAUUGUAUCCUCUUCGACCGACGUAAAGGAAGUAACAAAGCAAUUGAAAAAUAUCGCAGCUGCUCACUUUAUCAUUGUAUUGGCGAUCACCGGUAUUAUUGGGUUGCAAGUGGCACAUUACUUUGUUAUGAAGAAAUCUUCGAAAAACGAACGUGAGGCUUCGCCAGCUCCCACCUCCAAAUCGAACAAUAAGGCUGCCACCAACUCCAAAAAGUCGCAGUAAAUCGCAGCAACAGGAAAAGCUUGUAGAUGCAGCUUUCGAUCAAAAACAUACAGUUGUUUAAUGGGCAUUUUAAUGAUUAUCGCAGGUGCGAAUUUUAUAUGAAUAUUAUUGCCAUUUUCUCAUCCAGUUCGUUUUUGUGCGGGGAAAAAAUGUUUUGAUAUUUGUGUCCCAUUUAAUGUUCAAUGCUCUUGCCCCAAAGAACGAGAAUCA